CCGCGCGCGAGCGACGCGAUGCGUGACGCUCAUCCCGCGAAACGCAUCGCCAUCGUCGGCGGAGGUAUUUCCGGGCUCGCGCUCGCUAAGUUCCUUCGCGACGUAGACAGCGAUAGGCGACGAUUCGAGUUGCAUCUGUUCGACACCGGCGAGCGAGCGUGCGGCGGACGAGCGUCGAGUAAGGCUCUCGCCGGCGUCGACGUCGAUCACGGGUUGCAGUACUUUACGCUGUCCUCGGACGUCGCGCGCGAGUCGUUCGCGAGGUCCCUCGUCGACGCCGGCGCGCUGACGAGAUGGUCGGACGAUGUCGUCGGCACUCUGGACGCGGCGAGCGGUCGUUUUACGUCGUUCAGCGACGGCGCGGAGCGCUUCGUCGGCGUCGAUGGGUUUAGAGGAAUGUCCGAAGAAUUGGUCAAGCAUUGCGAUGUCGUGCAUCGUCCGCAAUGGGUCGGGGCGAUGCAUCCUGUGCGCCGCGACGACGACGGAAACGUCGUGGAGUGGGCGUUGGCCUCAAACGAAAGCGACAGGGCGAAACAGUUGGGAACGUACGAUUUCGUCGUCGUUGCACAUAAUGGUAAGUGUGCCCAUAGAUUGGCGUCGACGGCGAAGGAUGAAGAUGGACGCAGCGCGUGUGAGAAGGUGAAAUCGUCGCUCCGAUGCGGCUUCGGCGUAAAGCCGCGCGACGAGCUCUCUCGCGAAAACAAACUCGUGCUUAGCAGCGUGUGGUCGGUCAUGGUAGUUUUCGACGGAGUGCACGAGUUUGGCGAUGGCUUUGAAGGCGCACACGUCGUAGAUGGCGGGCCUUUGUCGUGGGUUUCUAAUAUUUCCGCGAAACGCGGCGCGUUGUUGAAGGAGGGCGCAAAGGAAACGCGUGUCGUGUUACAAUCUACCGCGGAGUACGCACGUGAAAACAAAGUACCACAAGAGGCGGUGCCGAGAACAAAGUCCAAAGAGGUGAUGGAGACGCUCGUCGGAGCGCUGGAGAAGUCGCUGAAGCUUGAGCCGAACGCAAUGUUGUCAAAGGUGGCGUUGUACAAAACGCAGCUCUGGGGCGCGGCGAACCCGUUGAACGUUUGCAACGUUCCAUGCGUGCUCGAUUUACGAACGUCGACGGCUGCGAUAGGGGACUGGUGCACGAGCGGACCCGCGUGCGUUGAAUCCGCAGUUUUGAGUGCCAACGCGUUGGCUCAGGCGUUGGACGAUUAUUUUCCCGACGCGACCCCCGGCGCGGCGACGAAGGCGUUGAACGCCGCGCGUCCGCGAUGGACGCUUCCGAACGGCGCAACGUCUGCUCAGGGAGGGUUUCCAGGCACGAGCGUUCCCGAGAUGCGCGAAGCGUCUCCAGUUCCUGAGCGAAGGCGCGGAGGAGGCCGCGGCCGCGGCCCGAGAGGCCGCGGCGGAGGUCGAGGUGGGCGAGGGCGAGGUCGCGGCGCGCAUGAAUCUACGGCACGCCUCGUUCGGAUGGCUUUGUAG